AAAAAAAAAAAAAAAAAAAAAAAAUCACGCUAACAUUGAAGGGUCAGCGUGAGUUUAAGUUCUUGAGCGCGAUUUGUGUUGAAAGUCAUCAAGAAAAUUUAGCAUUCUACUUUUUUUACUGUUGUGUGUCAUAAUGCCUGUCGAUGUUUUGAGUUUUGCUUAUGCUGCAGCAGUUGCAGCUGGCGGAGUAGUUGGAUAUGUUAAAGCAGGAAGCUUGCCUUCUCUGGGAGCUGGUUUGCUGUUUGGUGGUCUUCUGGGGUACGGGGCCUUCCAGACAUCACAGAACCCCAACAAUUACUACUUAUUGCUGGGAACGAGUGCCGUUCUUGGAGGCGUCAUGGGCAUGAGGUUUUACAACUCUGGGAAGAUCAUGCCUGCAGGAUUGAUUACAGUCUUGAGUGUGGCCAUGGUGCUGAGGCUGGCGGCGAGAGGGGUUGGGCUGGUGGCCGUCAAGUCCGACUGAGGCUCGGGCGCGCUGUUCUUUCUGGUCAACAGUUUAGCCAUCAAUAAACAUUUUAUUUUCA